AUGCCCGGUCGUGCGCCUUCUACUCGCCCUUCGUCAGCUGCGUCCACACGCAAAUCAUCCGUUCCACCUACAACCGCACCCACUGUUUAUAUUCCAGAGGAGCCAGCCUUACCCACCACCUCUGCAUCUCUCCGCUCAAAUGUCGUCGACAUAUUCGCAGAUGCGCAGCGCGCAAUUACAGGGCAUAGGAAACUUGCUAUUAAGCUGAGAAAAAUUCAGGAAGUUUGCUGUGGACUUCGGACAGCAAAAGUGGACGGGAAAAAGGGCUCCCGUCUCAGUGAAAUCCCCGAUUUAGCCGGUGGUGGACUUCCAGAGAAGGAGCUAAACAUUGAGAUCUGUCGAUGCCUACUUCGAGUGGUGCCAGUAAAGAAAGCCGAGGGAGCGGCGGAUAGGGUUAUCAAGUUUCUCGGGACAUUCUUGAAAGCUGCCACUGACAAAGACCUCGAGAUUUAUUCUGACGAUGAUCCUGAUGAGACGCGCGGCUUACCGGAAACCCCGUCUUCGCGGCUUACAUUCACGAUUGUGUCUACGCUUAUCCCGCUACUUGCCGCAAAGGACAAGACGGUUAGAUAUAGGACAACCCAGAUAAUUUCGCAUAUCGUGAAUUCAUUAGAUUCAAUUGACGAUGAACUAUAUAACUUAAUACGACAGGGUCUUGUCAAAAGAAUCAGAGAUAAAGAGCCUACUGUUCGUGUACAAGCGGUUAUGGGACUUGGUAGACUGGCUGGGAACGAUGAGGAGGAUGAAGACGGGAACAACGGAGAUAGCCCCUCUGCUCUGCUGGAAAAACUUCUUGACGUACUUCAAAAUGAUACCAGCGCCGAAGUUAGGCGUACACUUCUCCUAAACCUGCCUCUUACUCCAUCAACCUUGCCUUUCCUACUUGAAAGAGCCCGGGAUGUCGACGGUCCAACUAGACGUGCUCUAUACACCCGAUUACUACCUACACUUGGUGAUUUCCGCCAUUUAUCUCUCUCUAUGCGAGAGAAGCUACUACGAUGGGGCAUGCGUGACCGUGACGAUAAUGUCAGAAAGGCGGCUGGACGGUUGUUCUAUGACCGUUGGAUUGAAGACUGUGCAAGCUCAUAUAGAGCAGAAGAAGAGGAAGGUGGAGAAAGGACCUCAUCCCCCACAAUCGCUGCUCUUACCGAGCUUUUGGAGCGCAUUGAUGUGGUGAACUCUGGGGUAGAUAACGGAAUUGCUCAUGAAGCUAUGAAAAAUUUCUGGGAGGGAAGGCCAGAUUACCGUGAUUCUGUGACUUUUGAUCAACAGUUCUGGGAGACUUUGACGGCUGAAUCUGCAUUUAUGGCCCGAAGUUUCAAUUCUUUUUGCAGACAGGAGGGCAACGGAAAACUCGAGGAUUUAGCAGAUGAAAAAAUCCCUGAAGUCACUGCUAUGGCAUUUUAUCUGCACAAGUACGCUAAUGUACUCCUUACGCGAUUAAACAAUCCGGAAGAGGCAGAGGGAGGAGAAGAACAAACCAUGGAAUAUGAAUUCAUUGUUGAACAAUUGCUUUAUAUCUGCCUCACGCUUGACUACAGCGAUGAGGUUGGCCGAAGGAAAAUGUUUUCUCUCCUUCGAGAGACCCUGGCUGUUCCAAACCUACCCGAGGAGAUCACGAAGCUUACGGUCGAGGUCUUACGGUGUGUUUGUAGUCCUAAUGCUGCUGGUGAGGGUGAAUUCUGCAGUGUUGUCCUCGAAGCUGUAGCGGAAGUCCACGACACAAUUGUUUCCGAAGACAGCUUUGUCUCGGCUAAGUCAGAGAUUAGCGAAGACAGUAACCAACCAGUGCAAAAGGAUAAGCGCAAAAGUGGUGCCGGACGAGGCGAAGAAGACGAGGAAGAUAGCGAGGUACCCUUCAACAAGGAAGAGGCCAAGGCUAAAGUGCUCAAGGAAAUUGUGGUCAACAUGAAGUGUCUCUACAUUGCGCAGUGUAUGCUUCAAAAUGUGGAGGGAAAUCUCCAAGAUAAUGUGCAUCUUGUGACGAUGUUGAAUAAUCUGGUUGUGCCGGCUGUUCGAAGUCAUGAAGCCCCUAUUCGUGAAAGAGGGCUUGAGUGCUUGGGGCUGUGUUGCUUAUUAGACAAGUCCUUAGCAGAGGAAAACUUGGGAUUGUUUAUCCACUGCUAUACCAAGGGCCAUGAAUCGCUUCAAGAAAUGGCCCUCAGGAUUCUGUCGGAUAUAGUUACAACGCAUAAUUCAUUGCUUGCGCCAGUUGCAUCUGCAAAUGAUCCCAGCUCCGUGACUCCUCCGCCAUUCCAGAAACCGCUGCUGAAGGCCUUUGCAAAGGCCUUAAAGACAUCAAAUCUACCGCAUGCUCAAAGUGCAGCUGUCAUUGCGCUAAGCAAAAUGCUCCUCACGAAUGCCCUCUCUCCUUCCAGCCCAUCAAUUCCUCCCUCGAUCAAAGAAUUCAAUGAUAACUCCGUUGCAACACUUCUACAAGCCCUCGUCCUUGCGUUCUUCAAUCCACGGACGCGAGAAAACUUAACUCUCAGACAAGCCUUGACCUAUUUCUUCCCUGUCUACUGCCACUCACACAUCUCCAACGCUCAGCAAAUGCGAAAAAUUGCAGUACCGGCAAUCCGUACUGUCCUUGCAGCUGUCGAUGAUUUCUAUGCUCUUGAAGCAGAAGAAGAUAGUGAUGGUGAAGUAGAUGGAAGUGUUGGUGAAAAAGAGACCAAAGCACUCAUGACAGGUGUUGUUGGGAUGUUAACCGAAUGGACCGACGAUCGUCGGAUUAUCGGCCUAGGUGGCGGAGGAGAUCCGUUGGCACCAGCGAGCCUUUCGACUAACUCGAUGCUUCGGCCUAGCGAGAGCCUUCACUUAGCACUCUCCAAGGAUAUCCUACAACGAGUUUUAGGUGUUGGAGGCUUUGCUACUGCACCACGAGAAGAAAGGAAGUACUUGCUUUCUAUGUUGAGCAAGCUACAUUUACCUACUCCCGUUCCAAUGCCCUCUUCAAGAGCCAGUUCCCGUGUUCCCGAGGGUGCUCCUGAUGAACGAGAAAGUUUACGACCCAGCAUCAGGACUGACAAUAUGACUUCCCAGCUUCAAGAAGAUGAUGAUGAGCUGCCUCUCCAGGUUAAAGACCUCCUGGACCAAGCUAUUUCAGCUGGUGUUGCUAGUGAUGCUUCAAGCAGAAAUGCACUUGUGAAAGCAAAGAAUUCUAUCCUCAAAUUGCUUGCUGGUAUUAUAAAACCUUCGGAUAUGGAUUCCAGCACGAUGUCUGCACGACCUGGAAGACGAGAAAGAGUCCGCGUCAAGGAUGAGCCGAUUGAGGAAGAGGAUGAGAAUGACGUGACAGCUAUGUCUCAGGCGAGCAGGGCCAGCUCAGUGGCAACAAGCAAUAUUAGUCGCAUCGAGGAAGAGGAUGAAGGCGAGGAGACGGAGACUGAAAAGAGAAGAUCAGCCCGUCGUUCUGAGAGCGUGGCCAGUUCAGCUGCGGGUGAUGAAACUGAGUAA